AAUGCGGUUUUAACGAGCUUGUGGGUUUCUGCAGGAGGGACUUUUUAAAGGGGCUGGAACUGGAGGUGUGAAAUGGCUGCGAAGGUGUUUGCAAGCCCUGGGAAGCUUGGCCUGGGGUUGGCUGUUGCAGGUGGAGUUGUCAAUUCUGCUCUUUACAAUGUUGACGCGGGCCACAGAGCUGUCAUCUUUGACCGAUUCCGUGGGGUCCAGGACACAGUGGUAGGAGAAGGUACCCACUUCCUCAUCCCCUGGGUACAGAAACCCAUCAUUUUUGACUGCCGCUCUCGCCCCCGUAACAUUCCUGUGAUCACUGGCAGCAAAGAUCUACAGAAUGUGAACAUCACGUUGCGUAUCCUGUUUAGACCAGUGACUGCCCAGUUACCACGGAUUUUCACCAGUAUCGGUGAGGACUACGAUGAGCGUGUCCUGCCCUCAAUCACAACUGAAAUCCUUAAGUCUGUUGUGGCCCGCUUUGAUGCUGGAGAAUUGAUCACUCAGAGAGAGCUGGUCUCAAGGCAAGUGAGCGAAGACCUCACGGAGAGAGCAGCAACCUUUGGGCUCAUUCUGGAUGAUGUGUCCUUGACCCAUCUGACCUUUGGCAAGGAGUUCACAGAGGCGGUGGAAAUGAAGCAAGUGGCCCAGCAAGAAGCAGAGAGAGCCAGAUUCAUUGUGGAAAAGGCUGAGCAGCAGAAGAAAGCAGCUGUCAUCUCUGCUGAGGGAGACUCGAAAGCAGCCGAGCUGAUUGCCAACUCGCUGGCCACUGCAGGCGAUGGCUUGAUUGAGCUGCGCAAGCUGGAGGCAGCUGAAGACAUCGCGUACCAGCUCUCCCGCUCCCGCAACAUCACGUAUUUGCCCUCUGGACAGUCUGUGCUCCUCCAGCUGCCACAGUGAGCCUGGCUCUGCAGCCAUAGCUAGCCUGGUCACCUCUACCUACCAGAUCAGUCCUUUCCAAAAGAAUCUGUGCAAUUUCCUCAUCCGUAAAAGCAGAGGAAAAUAAAAUUCAGCCCAUUUUGAAUUCUUAAUCAAAUAAAACCAAACACUUUUGACAACAAA